GAAAUUACUUAUUUGAAAUAAAAUGAGAUACUUUUUCAUGUUUAUAGAGUUGAAAAUUUAAAAUAUGUGAUCGAUGGAAUAUCAAAAUUAGACUUGUACAUUUGUCAAAUUGUCAACGAUAACAUAAGCCAACAUGUAGUCAACCGAAAAAGGGCCUAAAAUUGAAAUUAUUUCAAAUAAUUCUAAUAUCCCCAUUUUGAAUACAAUGAUUUAACUUUAAGUUUAAUAUAAAUUAAAACUUAUUAAAUAAAUAUGGAAAUUAGUGAUUUGUUAAUUACAACUGCACAAUCAGAUCAACAAUUCUCAGCGUGCUUAUGGGAUUACAAUACAUUGAAUGUACGUAAACAUUACAAAAAUGGAGGUUCUGUAGCCCCAAAAUGCUUUGAAUUAGUAGGAAGAGACUAUUUUUUAGCUUCUCAAUUGGGUAAACCAUUAUUACAUUUAUGGUUGUUAAACAAUCAAGACAUCGUGAAAAAUUUCAGAUUAAUUCUACCAGAACCAGCAAACUGUUUAGCAGUAUGUCCCGAAAAUACGUAUUUAGCUGUAGGAAUAAAUUGCAAAGUUUAUAUUUGGCAUUUAUCGUCCGGAAAGCUAUUAUCGGUUCAACAGAAACAUUUUCAGCCAAUCACUUGUAUAAAAUUUUCUAAUGAUGGUAAUUUUUUACUCAUUGGUGGACAAGAUGGUUUAUUGAUUAACUACUGUUUGAAUGAUUUGGUAACACUUUCAAGUAAUUUCUCAACCCAAAGUGAAAUGGGGAAAGUUGAGCCUUUGUACAUAAAAAAGGAUCAUUCCAUGGCCAUAAAAGACCUUCACAUAGGUAUUUUUGGAACAAAAUCCCGCUUUUCUACUGUAUCAGUAGAUAAAACUUGCCGUAUUUAUAAUUUACUAGAUGGUGAAAUAUUGCGGAACAUAGUAUUUGAAGAUGGUUUAACAAGUGUAAUAUUUGAUUCUUGGUUUGGUACGCUAUAUGUUGGUACAGAAACUGGUAAUAUAAAAGAAUGUUCCCUAAAAGAAGUUUCAAAAGGUUUAACACAUCAUGUAAACGAAAAAUCUAGUAUUACAUUGAGUGGACACACUUCAAGAAUUGUAUGUUUAGCAUUGAAUACUUCAGAGACUAUAUUAGCCUCAGGAAGCUUGGACAGCUUUGUUUAUUUAUGGGAUGUUCAACUAAGACAAGUUUUAAAACAAAUAAAACACAAUAGUCCAAUAACUAAUGCAAGAUUUGUUAUAAGUUAUGAAAACUUUUUUGCAGAAACCAUUAAACCCGAAGUAAUAAUUCAAAGUUUAGAAAGAACUAUUGACACAUCAAAAGAACUUGUAGUGACAAAAAUGCAAGAUGAAGAUUUAGAAGACGAUGAGGAUGAUUUUAAAUUGAGUCAUGCCCAAAAUAGAAAGGAGUUAAUCGUUGAUAAUAUGAAAUUAAGAGGGGUUAAUAAGCAGUUGUAUGAGACAGCUGUGUUACUUGCAAAAAAGUCGUUGCAAUAAAAAACAUCAAAUAAAUUUUUUUAAAUGAUAUUAAAUCGUUUGUUUUGAUAACAA